AUGUGUUGUAACUACUACGGCAACUCCUGCGGUUAUGGCUGUGGAAACAGCUAUAGCUGUGGGUUCAGCCCCUAUUAUAGCUGUGGUUAUGGAACCAGAUAUGGCUGUGGAUAUGGUUCAGGAUACGGCUGUGGAUAUGGGACAGGAUAUGGCUGUGGAUUUGGCCCCUAUUAUGGCUGUGGCUACGGAACCAGAUAUGGCUGUGGAUAUGGCUCUGGCUACUCCUGCGGCUAUGGCUAUGGAAACAGCUAUAGCUGUGGAUUCAGCCCCUAUUACGGCUGUGGUUAUAGGACUGGCUAUGGAUAUGGCUCAGGAUAUGGCUGUGGAUUCAGCCCCUAUUAUGGCUGUGGCUACGGCUCCCAUUAUGGCUGUGGUUACGGGACAAGAUAUGGCUGCGGAUAUGGCUCCAGAUACUGCAGUUACCGGCCAGUCUGCUACAGAUAUUAUUCUUCUUGCUGCUAG